GUCUAAACGCCAGAAUUAGGUUACCUCUGUUGGUCAUUCCUCUUUGGUCCUCUUUGGUCAUUCCUAAAGGGUAAAUUAAUGGGGUUUCUGGAGGGUUUUUGGAUAAGUAACGAGUACGAAGAUCUGAUACAUUUUGUUCUAUGAGAUAAUAUCAAUCAGUUAACCUUUAUGAAUUAUGAAGCGUUUAUGUGCUUAUGAGCAUUCAGAUGUCAAGACAGCAGGAGAGCAAGAGAGAGAGCGAGCGAGAUCACAGGGAGUUUAAACUUAGCUUGGGUGCCAGGCUGUUUCUGCUCUCUUGCCAACUCCUGGUGGAAUUGUCACUCUAAGCAUGACAAGGAGUGGAAUGAUAGCUAAACAGUCUGGUACCCAGGCUAAUCGUGUUAUCCUAUUGCAACGCCCCACAUAUGCAAAACUCAUAUUGGACCUUGAGCCUGAUAAGGGACAAUACAUUUUGUGGCGAGAUCAUCUGACAUGUUGCCAAAGUUUAGCUUAGUCACUCAAUCAACAAUUGGAAUAUUGUUUUUAGAUUUCCAAAGCAAAAACAUUUCUGACUUUCUUUAGCAAUUAUGAACAAAUAUAGACUAUACCUCACUCUCAGAAGACCUAGAGGACAUGCUUAGGAGCCUGCCAACAUGUCACUGUGUGAGACUGAAGGACCCUUGCUGCCGGACCUGAGCUGCCCUAUCUGCCUGCAACUCUUCUCUGACCCCAUGACCCUGCCCUGCGGCCACGUCUACUGCUUGGCCUGCCUUGGGAAGUACAUGGACACUGACACGGCCAGCCACUUCUGCCCUGAGUGCCAGGUCGAGUUCCAGGUCACCCAGCCCCUUGGGAAUAACUUCAAGAUGUGCAGCAGCAUCGAGAGCUACGAAGCCACCACUGCAGGGAAGGUCAGCUCCGUCACAGAUGAAGAUGGUGGUGAUUGCCACCAAGGGGUAGUGUCACCUGACCAGAGCAACGAUGAGACGUCUGAGUGUCUAUUAGACAUAGAGCAACAGGAGCCACAUCAUACAGGAAAGGAGGCCUCAGAGACAGGCUUGGGAGAUGCGUCUGCAGUGUCCCCUACUUCUCAGAAGGAAAAACUGCUGGUGGAUGUAAGGACCGAGACGGAGACGGCGAUGAUGGACAAGUCUAAACUACUAUUAGCAUCUCAGGUAACGGAGCUGACGCUGAGGCUUCAGUUGGCUGAGGACCGACUGAGGGAGGAGGAGGCGAGGGAGGCCGAGGUCAGGACCACCAAUGCCCUGUUGAGAAGAAGGGCUGCCAAGCUGCUGGAGCAGAUGACGGAGCUGACUCUCAACUAUGUUAGUGGGAUGACGGAGUUGAUCGAGACGGAACUGCGUCCCAGUGAGGAGAGCAUGGGCGGACGUGUGCGCCAAGCCUCUGAGCUCAGGGAGAAGUUGAGGGAGGCCCAACUCCGAGCCAAAUCGCUCCUGACCGAGCAAGACAGUGGGGUGUUCAGUGACGGGGUUGAGGCGGAACAACCGCACAUCAUGGAGCUGAUGGUCCAGAAACCUCUAGAGGAGUUGGACAACAAGUCAAAAGUGAACCCGGACCGAGCUUGCGCUGAGCUGGAACGAAGGAGUGCGGAGUUAAGGGCGGGAGUCGGGGCGGCCCAGCGCUCUCUGCGCUGCGUCCUCAACCCCUCAGAGGUGACCUUUGACAUAGACACGGCCCACCCCAGCCUGGUCCUGUCGGAGGACCUGAAGACGGUGACCUUCAGCACCAAAAAGCAGCCCUACCCGGCCCUGCCAACGAGGUUCAGUAGCUUCCUCCAGGUUCUGAGCACCCAGAGCUUUUGGGGAGGCGAGCAUCGCUGGGAGGUGGAGCUGGACGGAUCUUCUCCGUGGAUAAUUGGGGUGUGCUACAACGAGGCGGUAGCACGCAGCGGGCUAACAAGCGCCCUGGAGAGCAGCCAGGGCUCCUGGUGCCUGAUGUGGUUCAACAACCUGCUGAGGGCCUUCGAGCAGAGCCAUGACAUCCCCCUGAAGAGAACCCUGGCAGUACACAGACUGGAGAUCACAUUGAGCUUUAAGACUCAGAGGCUGAGCUUCUAUAACAUCAGCCAAUGCAGUGGGAAGACUCACGUGUAUACCUUCAAGGCGAAACUCACGGAGCCGGUGCAUCUGGCCUAUAGGAUGAUGUCAGGCCAACCGAAGGCACACAUAACAGUAUGCUCUUGAACUGUCACUGGAACAAAAGAGAACCACAUACAAUAUUACAUUGACUCUUGUUGUUAUUCAUCCUGUAUUCAUAUCAAACUUUUAGUUUUUUUUACAUGUAAUUGUGUUUCAAGUGUUUGUGGAGACAGAGGUGUUUUGGUCUGUGAAUGACAGUAAAGAGAAAGAGUUCUGGUUUACAUCGAAUGACACAUGACCCUUUGGUAGCGUAGGCCUUAUUGAAAUGACAAAACUAAUUGAUUUCCCUACAUGAUUUGCAAAUCUCCAACAACUAUGCCCUUGUUCUUCAAUGAAUGUAUGUUUUUGUCAAUAAAGAAACAGUUUGGGACAAUAAAUUGAUGAUAUGUCAAACCAA